ACUGAGAAUCAGCAGGGCAAGCAGCAGGUGAUCAGCAACAUCAACGCCUGUCAGUCGAUCGCCGAGGCGGUGCGCACCACUCUAGGCCCGCGCGGCAUGGACAAGAUGAUCGUUGACGCGAAGGGCGACGUGACCAUCUCCAAUGACGGCGCCACCAUUCUCAAGAAGCUCGACAUUGUCCACCCGGGCGCAAAGACGCUGGUCGACAUUGCUCGAUCGCAGGACGAUGAGGUGGGCGAUGGCACCACCAGUGUCACCCUGAUUGCCGCCGAGUUCCUCAAGCAGGUGAAGCCCUACGUCGAGGAGGGCGUUCACGCACAGGUCAUCAUUCGCAGCUUCCGCAAGGGCCUUCAGCUGGCGCUGCAGAAGCUCGCCGACCUCUCGAUCAAGUUCACCGAGAGCGACCCGGCGAAGAAGCGCGACCUGCUGGAGAAGUGCGCCCUCACCUCGCUUAGCUCCAAGAUCGUCUCGCAGCAGAAGAGCUUCUUCGCAAAGAUGGUCGUCGACGCAGUAUUACAGCUGGACGAGCUGCUGCCGCUGAACAUGAUCGGCAUCAAGAAGGAGCAGGGCGGCGCCCUGGAGGAGUCGCUGCUCGUCUCUGGCGUCGCCUUCAAGAAGACUUUCUCCUAUGCAGGCUUUGAGAUGCAGCCGAAGAAGUACUCCAACCCGAAGAUUGCCAUGCUCAACAUUGAGCUGGAGCUGAAGGCGGAGAAGGACAAUGCGGAGAUUCGCGUCGCUUCGGUGGAGGAGUACCAGAAGGUGGUGGACGCCGAGUGGAACAUCCUCUACGACAAGCUGGAGAAGAUCUACAAGUCAGGCGCCAAGGUGGUCCUCUCGAAGCUGCCCAUUGGCGACGUGGCAACGCAGUACUUUGCCGACCGGGACAUGUUCUGCGCCGGGCGGGUGGUCGAGGAGGACCUGCGCCGAACGAUGCAGGCCUGCGGCGGCGCCAUUCUCACCACCGUCUCCGACCUGGUGGACGCCAAUCUGGGCAGCUGUGAGUUCUUUGAGGAGCUGCAAGUGGGCAAGGAGCGAUACAAUUUCUUCAAGGGCUGCCCCAACUCGAAGACGGUGACGAUCAUCCUGCGCGGCGGCGCCGAGCAGUUCAUCGAGGAGACGGAGCGCUCCCUGCACGACGCCAUCAUGAUCGUCCGCCGGGCGCUGAAGAACGACUCGAUCGUCGCCGGCGGCGGCGCCAUCGAGAUGGAGCUCUCGAAGUACCUGCGCGACUACGCGCGGACCAUCGCCGGCAAGGACCAGCUGAUCAUCGCCUCGAUGGCCAAGUCGCUGGAGGUGAUCCCCCGGCAGCUGUGCGACAAUGCCGGCUUUGACUCGAUCAACCUGCUGAACAAGCUGCGACAGAAGCACGCCGAGGCGGAGGACGGCAAGUGGUUCGGCAUUGACGUGCGCAGCGAGGACAUCAGCGACAACUACGAGGCCUGCGUCUGGGAGCCCAGCGUGGUGAAGCGGAACGCGCUGACGGCCGCCACCGAGGCCGCCUGUCUCAUUCUCUCGGUGGACGAGACGAUCAAGGCGCCCAAGUCGCAGCAGGAGAUGUCGCAGGCGCAGCAGAGAAUUGGAAUGUAA